AUGUCAGUCGACGACGCUUUUAAAAAUGCGUACGCCAAACUGAUUCAAGGACUACAAAAUCAGACGCGACUGCCAUCGUACAUGCAAUCUGACGAUGACUUCGAUGAUGACUGUACUCUACGUGCUUCGUGGGGUCGAACACGUAAGGAAAAUCAUUUUUACUUUAUUAUAAAGUCAUAAGUAAUAUGAAGUAGAGGUAGGGUUUAAAAUGUUCAUUUUGCAAUUUUAAAUUUUUAAACUUAAUAAAAAUUACUUUCAGAAGCCUGUGACUACGUGCUCAACUCAUACAGUAACUGCGAAGGCGGUGGCUACAUUGCCUGGACAAGUGUCAUCGUAUGUCAGGAGACUGACCUUACUGAAGUCUUGUUCUUGGUUAUAUCAAUCAUAUGGUUAUUAUUGUUAUUCAUCCUUCUGGCAGUCAGUGCUGAUGAGUUCUUAUCAACCAACAUUACCACAAUUGCCGAAAAAUUUAAAAUUUCACAAAGUGUCGCGGUAAGUUUUGGCUUAUUAUAACUUUGCGGUCAGUAUUAUAAUUGGUACUGUAAAAUUUAAAAAAAAACUUCUUUAGGGUGUUACUUUAGUGGCGUUUGGCAAUGGAGCACCGGACAUUUUUUCAGCCAUAGCGUCAGCUGUCAGUGAUGAAAGUCCUAAAGCUGGCCUAGCAUUCGGUCAGUUAUUAGGUAAUUAUUUGUCCUACCCUACUCUACUAGUCUUUUACAGCUCCUGCCUUGCCUUUUUCAUACAUUUUUAUUCCAGGUGGCGGUAUGUUCAUCACGACAGUAGUAGUCCCAAUAGUAAUACUAAUAACGCCAAUCCAGCUAGAUGCUAUUUCAACCAUCAGAAACCUUGGCUUCUACGUCGUCGCCUUACUAUGGUUAGGUGUUAUCAUAUUCUUCAGCAAUACCUUGUUCAUCUGGGAACCGGUUGGCUUCUUAAUAAUCUAUGUUAUCUACGCACUAACCGUGGUAUCUGGUCGUAUGUUACUCCGGCUACAAAAAUGGCGUGAAGCCAAGAAUGCCGUGUUUGUAAGACCAGCCACAGGUCAUGCUCAUCAUCAUCAUCACAUACAGCCUAACACAAUAUCGAGUACUUUGUCUCAACUGGAAAGGUCGAAUUCAAUAAAGCCAGUCACAAAUGGUACUGCCAACCACAUGUAUUCGGAAAGUGACGAUGAAGAACUGCCUUGUCAAGAUGUUAGUUUUAGUGGGAUUCUGGCUGAUUUUAUUGCCAGAUUGAAUUGUUUUGAUGAAAAAGACUUCUUCGAGGCCAGCUGGUACAUGAAGAUCUUUCAGAUUUGUCAGGUAGGUAGCGUCUUUCCUCAACCUUGUACUGAAACGUAUAGCACAUGAAAAAAUUUUGUAUCAUAAUAAAUAUUCUUUAUAUCAGCUUUAGAUACUUUUGCGACUAAUUUUAUAUUUUAAAAAAGAUAUUUUAGUUUUCAUGGAUGGUUCUGCUAACCUUAUCCACGCCGUUAGCCCAACCACCUUGGUGUAAGGCUUUAACUUUGAUACAUCUUGUCGUAUCACCACAGUUUCUACUUUUUGCCUUUCAGUGUAGGUCAUACUAUCAUAUACAUAUUAAUAACAAAAGAAUUUUAAAUUUAAAAGUUCCAAAUUUACUGUACACUCAAGGGUUUCAAAAUCAAAAUUCCUUGAAAAUUACAAAUCAACUUUCAGUAACUACAAUGAACAUCUUUGGAGUCGGGUUGCAAUUAUGGGCCUUAUGUUUAUGUGUAUCGGCUAUUUUGUUCGUAUUGGUAUUGGCUACUACUUCUGUUGAUAAAGAACCAACUUAUUAUAAAGUAAGUUAUUUUAAAGUACUUUGCUUACCCAGGAAUGUCGAGUAUUAAAUGAAAAAAAUUUUUGGUCUGCGACAAUGUUUAUUCAAAAGUUUAGAUGAUUUCUUGUUGCUGCGGCUUUGUGGUAUCAGUUGGAUGGGUUUACGCUGUAGCAGCUGAAGUUGUUGGCACAGUACAAAUGCUUGGAAUCAUCUCUAAAUUGUCUCCAGAAGUAAGUCAUCAAAUAUUGGGAACUUGUGCCUUUUUUAAUAGACCCUGAUAUUCUUUAUAGCUACUAAGCAGGCCCUUUAACAUGAUAUUUUUCAUAACUAGACCUUUAUCAACUAGUUUCCAAUUCAAACUGAAUAUAAACAAAUUUUAAAGGACCUGUGAACCUUCGAAAAAACCCUUUUUGAAAUGUUGGCGUGAAGUUGGUUGGGCCGCUUAAAAUUGGCGUUCCGUUUCAAAUCCAGCGAAUUUUUCGCGAAAAUAUUUUUUCUUGGAGAAUAUUAUUUUUGUGUUUGAAUUGUUAUUUUGGAAUUCAUAUUAAUAUUAAACUACUUGUAGCGCUCUUUUUGUUAAUUUUCUCAAAGUUUUAUCUUUAUAUUCACUUUUGACAUUGUGAAGGUGAAUAUUUCGAUAACAUUUUGAGGGUUUUGACCAAAUUUUGAGCGGAGUUUGCUAAAAAGGUAAAGGUUUAUUUAAUUACCAACUUUUUAACAUAUAUAAUUUUUUAUUUUUAGGGUUUAUUCACCAUGAUCGGCAUCUUCUUCAAGUUCUACGUCCAAUAUCUACAUCUUCAGUCUAUAAUGUAUGUUUUCACAAUAUUUUGUUUCUGUUUUUAGGUAUAUACACCAUUGAAAUAAUAAUAUACAAAGAAUACAUUUUUACAUUGUAAUAGACAGUAUGAAAAGCGUUCAUUCGUUUAGUUAAUGCGUUGACAAGGAGACAUAAUCACAGCUAUUCCAUCAAGACAUUUAUUCAUAUAAGAGUUGAUGUUGUUAUUGUACAAAUUCUACACGUAAUUUAACUGUUGUUUUAUUAUGAGAGGUAGAUCUGCAGUGAUUGUUGCACUAAUCGUCUUACAAGGACAGAAUUGAUCAUUUUUAUUGUUUUAAUGCAACAUAUUGUUAGAAUAAAUCUUAUAAAAGCAUCAAUUGGAGUAUUAAAUGAAAAGCUAAUGAAAAUUAACCUAAAAGUAAGUUCAAACAAGUAAAUACACAAAUUUGAAACAAAUUAACGAAAAAAGAGAUGGAGUAGAUCCUAUUGCUUCCAUGGUGUAUAUACCUAAAAAGAGAAACAAAAUAUUGUGAAAACAUACAUUAUAGACUGAAGAUGUAGAUAUUGGACGUAGAACUUGAAGAAGAUGCCGAUCAUGGUGAAUAAACCCUAAAAAUAAAAAAAUUAUAUAUGUUAAAAAGUUGGUAAUUAAAUAAACCUUUACCUUUUUUAGCAAACUCCGCUCAAAAUUUGGUCAAAACCCUCAAAAUGUUAUCGAAAUAUUCACCUUCACAAUGUCAAAAGUGAAUAUAAGGAUAAAACUUUGAGAAAAUUAACAAAAAGAGCGCUACAAGUAGUUUAAUAUUAAUAUGAAUUCCAAAAUAACAAUUCAAACACAAAAAUAAUAUUCUCCAAGAAAAAAAUAUUUUCGCGAAAAAUUCGCUGGAUUUGAAACGGAACGCCAAUUUUACGCGGCCCAACCAACUUCACGCCAACAUUUCAAACAAUAUGUUCACAGGUCCUUUAAGAGGCUACAUAAUGCUUUCGACUCCUGCCUGGGCCACUUUUUCUCUCAUAGUUUGAUAUCUCUUAAAAUUUCUACAAGGCUACAUAAUGCUAAGUCCCUCAUAAAUCCAAUUUUAGAUCCUGGGAGUCACAGUCCUCGGCUGGACCAACAGUAUCGGCGACCUAGUCGCUGACACGUCCCUAGCCAAACAAGGUUACUCUCAGAUGGCCCUAGCUGCCGCGUUCGGUGGCCCACUUUUUAACCUUCUAGUCGGCUUCGGUCUAUCGUUUACUAUCGCCGUAUUACAAGGAAAAACAGUUGAUAUAGAUGUGGACAUUGAGAAGCUGUUCAUGUAUGGGUUUAUGUGUGUCAGUGUGUUUGGCAGUCUUACAAUACUGGUAUUGUCUCGGUUCCGUACUAACAAGUACUAUGCCAUGUUGUUGUUGUGUGUCUACUUCUUGUUCAUGGUGGCCUUGAUACUUUGUGAAACGGUUUUUAGUGAUAAUGCACAGAGUAUGUGAGGUGUAAAAGUAAUAUUGUUUUAGUAUAGUUUUUGCAUUUAUGUUGUUUCUUUAGGGUUUUUGAAGGGUCAUCUUGGACGUUGUAUUACAGGUCAUAUUGGUCUUUGUAUUAUAGUGUUUUAAUCAGUUUAGGGGUAUAUGAUCUCAGUUUACACAACUUAAAGUAUUGUUAAUAAAAUUUUAAGCCUAUCCUGGCAGUCCUUUUUCUAAACUUUUUUUAAUAUAAAGAAUGUCCAAAAAGGUUUAACAACGUUAUAAUAAACAAACACUCGUCGCUACUUCCUUAUCACAAUGAUACAAUUAUCCAAAACAAUAAUCACUUAUUCAAAAUUAUCAAAGACAAAAGUAAUUAAAAGAAAAUUCAAAUAAAAGUGCAAAAAUAUGUUGCAAAUGUACGUAUCGUUCCAUAUCAUUACCCAUUUUACAACAAAUCACAUAAACAAUGAAUGAUACAAACGAUGAACCACAAAAAGUGUAGUUUAUCAAAAACAUAAGUAAAUAGCAAUCAAUACUAUUAAACUUGUGUUAUAAAUGAUGGAUAAAUAUUUUAAAAUUCGCGCAAAGGCCUUUAAAAACUGUUAAAGGGCAAAGAUUUUGAUGGAGAAGUGUUUGGGUGGUCUACUGCAAUAUACAAAAGUGUCUGGAGAGUUGGGGGAGAACAAUCUUUGUGUGAUACCUAUAAUUCUCCUUGAAAUGAUAGUGGCAUUGUUAAAAAACCGUAUUUUUCACUGUGUUUUUACAAUAUCGUUGAUUAUUCUCACCUUAUCAUCCAUAUUCCAGCACCAUGUCCCAGCCAAAAGUCUACGUAAUUGGAGUGGGUAUGACCCCCUUCACUCGCCCUGGCUCCAGCGGCAAGGAUUACCCAGAACUAGUCAAAGAUGCCGUCCUUGAUGCCCUGAACGAUGCUGGUCUACAGUACAAAGAUGUCCAACAAGCCACCGUGGGCUACUUGUUCGGUGGAACGUGCUGUGGCCAACGUGCUUUGUACGAAAUCGGCUUCACCGGCAUUCCAAUCAUGAACGUGAACAAUGCCUGUGCUAGCGGAUCAACAAGUCUGUUCAUGGCAAGACAAAUCGUCCAAUCCGGCAAUGCCGAUGUUGUUUUGGCUGCCGGUUUUGAGAAGAUGGCACCAGGAUCCAUGGACAAACUGAUGGGACCAUUGCCAGAUGGAAGAGCUUACGCCAUUGAUAAUCACAUGAAGGUAGUUGAUAACAACUACAAGUUGACUAACUCACCUAGUGCCUGCCAAAUGUUUGGAGCUGCUGGCUUGGAGCACAUGAAGAAAUAUGGUACCAAACGUGAACAUUUUGCCAAGAUUGGCUACAAGAACCAUCUUCAUUCCAUUAAUAAUCCGUAAGUUUUUAAAUUCAGUGUUUCCUGAAAUCAUGUUGAAAUUAAAAACGUAAAAUUAAAUAAACUCAACAUUUUUUGUCGUUACUUACGACAACGGACAACAGAUUGGUCGUAUUUUACCUUUUUUCAAUAUUUUUUAUUUUUGAUGACUCGCGCCCUUGAUUAAUUUACUUUGAACUGCAGGCUGCGCCGCCGUUUUAUACGUUCAAGUUAUUCGCAAUAUUUUUGACCAAGAAGUCUAAUAAUCUAUUUUAUUCAUAAUUAUAGAACGUAAUACUUUCAGAAAGUCUCAAUUCCAACAAAAAUACACUUUGGAACAGGUAUUGAAGUCUCGUGAGAUCUACAAGAAUCUUGGUCUUCUCGAAUGUUCUCCAACUUCAGAUGGCGCUGCUGCUGCUAUUCUGGUCAGUGAGAACUUCCUACGCAAGAACCCUCAUUUGUAUCCACAAGCUGUUGAGAUUGUGAACCAGGAGUUGGCGACAGACCAACAAAGUGUGUUCGCCGAGAAUAGCUGCAUCAAAAUGAUCGGCUUCGACAUGGUUCAAGCGGCUGCCAGAAGGCUACUACAGCGAAGUGGAGUUAGCAUCAAUGAUGUUCAGGUGGGUUAAUGAUCUUUUUGGUGGUUUGAAUGUAAUUUUGUUUUUAUUUGGAGGUAUAAUGUGUCAAUUUUUAUAGUUUUGACUUGAAACACGAUUUUUGAUGGAUAACAUAAUUAAUCUUGUCUUUUUUUGCCAUUUUUGGCACUGUUCUUGCUUUUAAAUGUAGUAAAGUGUUAGAUAAGAUGGUUUGCAACGUUUUAUUAUAAAAAAUUUUACGUUAAUCUUAACUUUGACGUUAUUUUAGGUGGUUGAACUUCAUGAUUGUUUCGCUCCAAAUGAGUUGAUAACAUACGAAGCUUUGGGAAUGUGUUCAGUAGGAAAAGGUAGUGAAAUCGUUGACAAAGGAGACAAUACUUAUGGAGGAAAAUGGGUAGUCAAUCCAUCUGGCGGUCUGAUUUCCAAGGGACAUCCAAUUGGGGCCACAGGUAUGUCAUUGCUUUUAUGAAAAAGUCAAUUUUAAAAAUGUAUUUUUAUUUUUAAUAUGAUUUUAUAUUUAAAAGAGGGUUUUUUCUAUUCAUGAGGAACUAAAAUUAUUCAUUUUACUUUGUUUAAUACCUAAAAUAAAGAGUGUUCUUAUUUUUGUUUUGCACGGUGCAGCUUUUUAAUUUCAGCACAGUGAGCUGAAAAGUUUUAUAUUUUUGUCACAUAUUUUAUAACAAACACUUUCAGGAGUUGCCCAGUGCGUUGAACUGUGUAACCAACUGCGUGGAAGAAGUGGUAAGCGUCAAGUUGACAAUGUAAGACUUGCUCUUCAACAUAACAUUGGUAUUGGUGGUGCUAUCGCUCUGUCUUUGUAUAGACGUGCUGAUGGAAAGCCAAGUCCAGCUAGUGAGGCUAGUCGAUUGUGA